AAUUAAAAAUUAAACAAAAAAGUAUUAGUCCUGAAAAUUUAUUUUGGUUACAAUGCACCUAAUGCAGUAAUGUAUGCGUCAAUGGGAUGGUUGGAUGAUCGUACGGGUGACACGUACGAUUUUUCAAUCGAUUUUGAUUUUCAUCUAAUGUAUAUAUAAGCUGCCAAAAUUCAAGAAAAAAAAAAAUUUCAUCAUUUCACAACUUCAUAUAGAAAUGAAUUCGUGUUGACUAUAUGAUCCCUUAUCACUUUUUUCUUUAUUACCAUUAAAUGGUCUUUUACUACGCAAAUUCUAUAGUUUAUUAAAUUUAGAAAUCCAGAUAUUUGAGCCACCAUGACAUCAUCUACUAGUAAAAACUUGAAUGAUGAUGAUCUUACCAUCACGGUGUCUGAUAACUACACUCAAAAAGGUGGCCUAUCGCAAUCUUUGCAACCUCCAAUCAUAUUAGAUAACAUUCGUCCUCUCUCUCGUGAAAAUGUUACAAGGAGAUUAGAAUCUUAUGGCAAGAAUAUUAUCUCAACAUAUAAACCUCUGACAUGGUAUAUUGUCCUUUACCACUCAACGGUUCAUCCAUUCAAUGUCAUUUUGAUUUUCCUCGCCAUUUUUAGUGGUGCUACGGAGGAGGAUUACUCCUCGUUGGUAAUCUUAUUAAUAAUGGUUUUUCUGUCCGUUGGAAUUCGUUUCGUUCAAGAAUAUAAGAGUGAAGUUGCAACUCAAGAACUAAAAAAAAUGGUUAAUAACAAUGCAACUGUAAUCCGUUUAUAUUCACCACCUGACAAUCGUGAUCCAAGUUAUGAAGAUAUAGAGAUGAUGGAUCGAGGUGAAACGGUUGAAAUGGAUAUCCCAUUAGAAGAUAUAGUACCAGGUGAUUGGGUUAGACUUAGUGCUGGUGAUCUAAUUCCGGGUGAUGUCCAAUUGAUUUCUUCCAAGGAUCUUUUUGUCUCUCAAGCUUCAUUAACUGGUGAAUCCAUUCCAGUUGAAAAAUUUACAAUUUUACAACAGCAACCUCCUAUUAUACCUGAUUAUUUACCAAUUAAUACAAAUAAUGCAAAACUAAAUUAUUCUGAGCUUGAUCAACCUAAUCUAUGUUUCAUGGGUACUUCCGUUGUUAGUGGUACUGCAACUGCUGUUGUUCUAAAAACGGGUCCUAAUACUUUCUUUGGAGGAAUGGCCAAACAACUUUCUGUUAAAAGAACUCCUAAUGCUUUUCAAAAAGGUAUUCGCCGUGUCAGUUACAUGUUUGUUUGCAUCAUGUUAGCGAUGAUGCCUCCGGUAUUAUUGAUUCAAGGUUUUUUAAAGGGAGGUUGGAAGGAUGCAGUAUUGUUUGCUGCUGCUGUUGCAGUUGGUCUCACUCCUGAAAUGCUGCCAAUGAUCGUGAAUGCAAAUCUGGCACGUGGUGCUAUUAACUUGUCAAAGAAAAAAUGUAUCGUAAAGAAACUUGAUUCUAUUAUCAAUCUCGGUGGUAUAGAUAUUUUAUGUACGGAUAAAACGGGAACCUUAACUUGUAACAAAGUCGUUCUCAUAAAUCAUUUUGACCAUUUGGGAAACGUUUCCAAACUUCCUUUGUAUCUGGGAUAUCUUAAUAGUUACUUUCAAACUGGACUUAAAAACCUCUUGGACGUGGCUGUUAUUGAAUAUUUUAAUAGUGAAAAUGUUGAUGGAGCUUAUAUUUCUCAAAAUUUUUUCAAAGUUGAUGAAAUUCCAUUCGAUUUUGUCAGAAGAAGAAUGUCUGUCAUCUUAGAAUCCAGCAAAGAUGAUGAUUGCCGUUUCUUGAUCUCAAAGGGAGCAGUCGAUGAAAUGUUAACUUGUUGCACUAAUAUUUAUGUUGGUAAGGAUAAUGUUUCAUCGAAUGAAAUUUUUCCAACAAGUGACAUCAUUCCUAUUACAACUGAAAUUCUAAAAAACAUGAAGAAUUUGAAUGAAAGUCUUAAUAAUGAUGGUCUACGAGUUAUAGCAGUUGCAUUUAAAGAUAUGAAAAAAUGUUCCGAAUUUACUGUAGCUCACGAGAGCGAAUUGACUUUAGUUGGUGUUUGCGCAUUCUUGGAUCCACCAAAACCAAGCACUAAACCUGCUCUUCAAGAACUAUUUAAAUAUAAUGUGGAGGUUAAAGUACUUACUGGAGACUCACCUGCUGUUUGCCGCAAAGUAUGUGAAGAAAUUAAUCUUCCAGUUAAAUCUAUUAUCACUACUACUGAACUUGAAGGUAUUGAUGAUGCUAAACUAGAAGAAAUUGCCGAAAGUGGUACAAUAUUUGCAAAGUUAACUCCUCUUCAAAAGGCAAAUAUUGUAAAAGCAUUGAAAAGACGUAACCACAUUGUUGGCUUUUUGGGUGAUGGAAUUAAUGACGCUCCAGCAAUCCGUGAAAGUGAUUGUGGUAUUAGUGUAGAUGAGGGAACAGAUAUUGCCAAGGAAUCUGCGGACAUCAUUUUACUCGAAAAAAGUCUUAUGGUACUUGCUGAUGGUAUAAUCCGUGGAAGAAUCACUUAUGGCAAUACAAUCAAGUAUAUUAAAAUGGCAAUUUCUUCGAAUUUUGGUAAUGUCUUUAGCGUUUUAAUUGCUUCUGCCUGGCUUCCUUUCCUACCAAUGGAAGCACUUCAACUUAUAUUGCAAAAUCUGUUGUAUGAUCUUUCUCAAAUUGCAAUUCCAUGGGAUAGAAUGGAUCCUGAAUUUUUGACUCAUCCCAAACGAUGGUCUGCAAGAAGUAUUGUUAAAUUCAUGAUUUUUACUGGACCUUGGAAUAGUAUCUUUGACAUGACCACAUUUGCUUUCAUGUUCUACUACUAUAAAUGCCAAGAUCCUCAUGAUGUUUAUAAAGUUCGCCUAUUUCAGACGGGUUGGUUUGUUGAAGGGUUGAUUACGCAAACAUUAAUUGUCCAUAUGAUUCGAACUCCCAAAUUCCCUUUUUUACAAUCAACUGCUUCUUUACCUGUUUGUUUGUCCACCCUUGCUGUCAUGAGCGCUGCAAUUAUAAUUCCUUUUACACCAUUAAAUAAAUAUCUAGGCAUGGUUCCAUUACCCGGACUUUAUUAUUCGUACCUUUUAGGAGUGCUCGUUACCUAUUGGUUUCUCACCAGUUUUAUUAAGUGGGUAUACAUUAAACUCUUUAAAGAAUGGUUGUAAUUUGAUGUAAUUUUGGAGAGGAUUUUUUUUUUAGAAUAACAAAGUAAUUAGAAUUAACAAACUGUAUUUCAUUUAUCUAACUUAUAUUUAUCAAAUAAAGAAAUUUUUUGUCUGGUUAAA